GCUCCUCUUUCUUUUUCCGGUGUCGGGUCGAAAAUGGUGACGGGCUCACAGAUGUCAGAUACCCUGAAGAGGUUUGCUGCCAAGGUGACUACAUCUAGUGUGAAGGAGAGAUGGCAGAUCAUGUCAGAAUUGGGCAGCUGUGUCAAAGAAAAAGAUCUGCCAGACUCUGCUGUGAAAGGCUUGUGCAAACUCUUAUGCCUGACACUACAUCGAUACAGGGAUGCAAAGUCCCGGAGAGCCCUGCAGUCUGUCAUUCAGCAACUGGCUGAGAGUCACCCAGAGGCAACCACCAAACAUCUAUUGCAGUGUCUACAGUCCUCGGGAAUCAUCUGUAAGAAUGCCAUUCCAAGUAAGAGCAGUGGGUCAGCGGCUACCCUGGCUCUCGGCUGGACAUUGCUGCUGGUCAAGACUGUCUUCGCAGUGCCUGAAAAACGAGCCGGCGAGAUGUGGAUGCGAUUGGUGGAGCUGCAGUGCCUACUUUUAGCAGAGGUCCUGGGUGGCUGCAAAAAGACCGCUGUACGUGGGGUCCUAAAGAAAGUGAAACGCCUGUGGAACGAGAACCCAGGCCUGGCAGAGCAGUACCUCGUCACAGUGAUGGACCUAGAAACAAACCUCUUAUAUCUAGGGAUGUUGGGAGUGCUACUACAGUUCUGUUCAGAACAGAAGGACAUUGCCACCAUCAACAAGCAUAAGGAUGCACUGUUAGAUAUCUACGUGAAGGCUGUCCUGAUGAGCAAAUCCAAGCCUCCGAAACACCUUCUGGAAUGGUGUGAACCGCUGCUCCGUCAUGUUUCACAUCAGCAGUUUAAGGAUCUGUUGCUCCCGACUCUAAACAAAUCUACCUUGCGCAGCCCUGAGAAUGUUAUCGAGACCAUUUCCUUUCUGCUAUCGUCAGUAACCCUUGACCUCAGUCAGUAUGCAAUGGACAUUUCCAAAGGCCUUGCAAGCCAGCUGAAGUCCAACAAUACCCAGCUGAUGGAUGAGGCAGCCUUGGCUGUACGCAACCUGACUCACCAGUGCAGUGAUCCAGCUGCAGUUGAAUCACUUGUCAGACACCUCUUCGCAGUUCUUGGGGGUUCUGAAGGCAAACUGACUACUGCUGCUCAGAAGAUGAGCGUGUUGUCAGGGAUUGGAAACUGCAGUUACCAUACAGUCACUGGUGCAUCUAGUCAAACCCUGAGCGGUACAGUCACAGAGCUGUUCAUCCACUUCCUGCAGCAAGAAGUUCACGAGGGUACACUCCUGCACACCAUCUCCGUCCUUACCCUCUGGUGCAACAAGUUUACCACUGAGGUUCCUAAACAUCUGCUAGAAUGGUUCAAGAAGGCCUUCACUCUGAAAACCUCUACUUCUGCCAUUCGCCACGCGUACCUACAGUGUAUGCUUGCUUCCUUCCGUGGUGACACUUUACUCCAGGCACUGGACCUGUUGCCGCUGUUGCUCCAGGCAGUGGACAAAGUGGCAGCCCAGAGUAGCCAGGUUGCCAUAGUAUCAGAAGGUGUUGCUGCGGCUGUUCUGAUCUGCAGGCUCUCUGUGGUGGAAGCACAGAUUGAACCGAAGCUGGCUACUUUCUGGCAGUUAGUUUUAGAUGAAAAGAAACAGUUUUUCACUUCAGAGAAAUUCCUUUCUGUCGCGUCUGGGGAAGCGCUGUGCACAAUAUUACAGCUAACUGAGAGACUGCUUACCGACCUCCCGGAAAUCAAGGGCCAGAUGUAUCACAGAGCCCUGGUCGCGGUACUGCUGAAUAAAACGUGGCGGGUUCGCAAGCAAGCGCAGCAGAUGGUCAGGAAAUUGCUCUCAUCUCUGGGUGGUGUUAAACUAGCAUAUGGAUUGCUGGAGGAACUCAAAGUUGUCCUUAGUUCCCAUAAGGUGAUGUCUCCUGACCUGUUGGUGACGGAAACCGGUGAGCCAACGGAAACGGGGAAGUCUUAUAUCCCACCACGUAUGCUACUGGAAGCACUAAGUGUGAUAACAAGUAUUCCUGGGUUGGAGACUGAUGUCCGUGAAGCAGAGAGAUUAGCCAGAGAGAUUCUAUUUAUGGCACAUCAUCCUUCCAUAGAGGUUGCCCAUGUUGGACUUUGGUCAACGAUUCUCUUACGGCUUAAGUUGGACCCUCGUGAAUUCAUUAAGAAAUAUUUGGAAGAAAUCUUGCCCAGCGUAGGCUCUCAGUCAGCCAGGGAUCAGGCUACCUUGAAUGCUAUGGGCUCAAUGGCGGUACUGGCUUCAGGAUAUGUGUUGCCCCGUCUCAGCAACUUGGUCACGAGCAUGUUGGGGAAGCAGGCUUUACACCUGGUGACGAGAGAAGAGUUUGAGAUCCUGCAGACUCCCGAGGGAGAACUACAUGACAAGUCCCUCAUCCUGAGCACCCAACAAGAAACUGCAAAGAAAAGCAAUAUGAAACGGGAAAACAAGGCUUACUCCUUCAAGGAGCAAAUCAUCGACCUGGAACUAACAGAGGAGCUAAAAAAGAAGAAGGGUCUGAAAGAGGAGGUGCAACUGAGCAAGAAACAGAAAGAAAUGCUACAGACUCAGCUGGAGAGGGAGGGCGCCAUCAGGAAGAAACUACAGCAGCUGGAUGAGGAAUUGCAGUCUGCUCUGAAUGUGUUAAACACAGUUAUCAAGAGGAACCCAACCGAUUUGUCGAAGCACAUCCCAGCUCUUAUUCGCUCGUUCCUCCCACUCUUCAGUUCACCGCUUGUGGCUCCCAGGCUAAUCGAACCAUUCUUGGCAAUGGGUGCGUGUGUCAUGCCAGCUGACCUCCAAUAUCUCGGUUCCCUAAUCGGACACGUGACCCUUCGGGUGCUGAAGCCUGAGUGCUGCUUGGAUGAAGCUUGGGGUCAGGAAGAUGUGUUGACGUCCACCGCCCGUGCCGUGUGUAUGCUGCGUUCACGCACUGUCCCCAGCCGCAGUGGCAAGGUUGAGUCAGACGUGAAACCCCUCGCAGCACCGGCAUUUGCGUAUUGCUUCCCCCUGCUCAAGGUGGUAUUGACGGACACUGUAAAUGACACUGAAGAGAAGGAAGGGAUGCUAAUUCAGGCACUUCAAGUAAUCAGUGAGCAUUCUCAGCUGCGAUCAGCUGGUGACGAUGUGGAUGAGCUAAUCGAUGAGAACGGCCCUGAGCUGCUGCCACGGACGGAGAUGCUGUUGCUGCUAACGAGAGUCAUGGGUACAAGCUCACCCCGACUGCAGGUCCUGGCAUCCAAUACGCUGACAUCGCUGUGUGCCAGUAGCAGUGGAGAGGAAGGCUGUGCCUACGCUGAACAGGAGGAGAUUGAUGUCCUGUUGCAGGCCUUGCUAUCACCGUGCUCUUCAGUACGAGAUGCCGCGCUCAGGGGAUUGUUGGAGAUGAACAUGGUGCUGCCCACCCCAGACAGUGAUGAGAAAAAUGGAUUGAACCUGUUACGCAGACUGUGGGUUUCACAGUUUGACGUGGACGAGGAAAGCAGACUGCAAGCUAAGAAGUUAUGGGAUACCAUGGGACUGGAGCUCCAGCCAGAUCUUUGCUCCUUGCUCAUUAAGGAUGUGAUAUACCACGAGGAAGCAAUACGACAUGCGGGGGCAGAAGCACUAUCAAAUGCUGUAGCACAGUAUCAGUCGCAGGCUGCACAAGUGAUGACCAAACUGAUAGAGAUUUACCAGGAGAAGCUCUUUAGGCCACCUCCGGUGUUGGACGCACUUGGUCGAGUUAUCUCUGAAUCUCCACCUGACCAGUGGGAAGCCAGGUGUGGGAUUGCCUUAGCUUUGAAUAAACUCUCUGAGUACCUUGAUGGAUCCCAGGUGAAGCUUCUCUUCCAGUUCUUUGUACCUGAAGCCUUGAAUGACCGGCAUGCUGAGGUCAGGAAGUGUAUGCUGGAUGCAGCUUUGUCAGCCCUCAACACCCACGGAAAGGACAAUGUGAAUUCUCUGCUGCCGGUGUUUGAAGAGUUCCUGCGCAAUGCUCCCAACGAUGCCAGCUACGAUGCUGUCAGACAGAGCGUGGUAAUCCUUAUGGGUUCACUGGCCAAACAUUUGGACAAGAGUGAUCCUAAAGUCAAACCCAUCGUAGCCAAGCUCAUCACUGCCCUCUCCACACCAUCCCAGCAGGUUCAGGAGUCAGUGGCCAGCUGUCUGCCUCCCCUGGUUCCUGCCAUUAAAGAUGAUGCAGCUGGGAUGGUUCGGAAGCUGCUCCAGCUGCUGCUGGAGUCGGAUAAAUACGCCGAGAGGAAAGGGGCAGCGUAUGGCCUGGCCGGCCUGGUGAAGGGGCUGGGCAUCCUCUCACUGAAACAGCAGGAAAUAAUGGGAACGUUAACAGAAGCCAUUCAGGACAAGAAAAACUUCAGGAGACGAGAAGGUGCUCUGUUUGCCUUUGAGAUGCUGUGCAAUAUGCUGGGGAAACUCUUUGAGCCGUACGUAGUCCAUGUGCUCCCUCACCUGCUGCUGUGUUUUGGUGAUGGAAACCAGUACGUGCGAGAGGCAUCUGAUGACACCGCAAAGGCUGUGAUGCGUAACCUGAGCGCACACGGUGUGAAACUGGUUCUGCCAUCACUGCUUGUUGCUCUGGAAGAGGAGUCCUGGAGAACUAAAGCAGGUUCAGUUGAAUUACUGGGCGCCAUGGCAUACUGUGCUCCCAAGCAGCUGUCGUCCUGUUUGCCAAAUAUUGUGCCCAAAUUGACCGAAGUAUUAACAGACUCCCACGUGAAAGUGCAGAAAGCCGGACAACAAGCCCUGCGGCAGAUUGGAUCUGUUAUCAGGAACCCUGAGAUCUUAGCAAUCACUCCCGUUUUACUGGACGCCUUGACAGACCCGUCCAGGAGGACCCAGCUGUGCCUCCAGACACUGCUCGAUACUAAAUUUGUUCACUUUAUUGAUGCUCCGUCUCUGGCACUGAUCAUGCCCAUAGUACAGAGAGCAUUCCAGGACCGAUCCACAGAUACUCGUAAAAUGGCUGCUCAGAUCAUAGGCAACAUGUAUUCCCUUACAGACCAGAAGGAUCUUGCACCGUACCUGCCCAGUGUCAUGCCAGGUCUGAAGCUGUCUUUGCUGGAUCCUGUUCCAGAGGUUCGUACUGUGUCGGCGAAGGCACUGGGAGCGAUGGUGAAGGGAAUGGGUGAGUCGUGUUUCGAUGACCUGUUACCUUGGCUGAUGGAGAUGUUGGCUUCGGAGCAGAGUUCCGUCGAUCGAUCCGGAGCAGCACAAGGCAUGGCUGAGGUGAUGGCUGGACUGGGAGUCGAAAAACUAGAAAAGCUCAUGCCAGACAUCGUGGCCACUGCCAGUAAGGUGGAGAUCGCACCUCAUGUCCGUGACGGCUAUAUGAUGAUGUUCAUCUACCUGCCCGUCACCUUCGGAGACAAGUUCACUGCAUACGUGGGAGCCAUUAUACCCUGCAUUCUGAAGGCUCUGGCGGACGAGAAUGAAUUUGUGCGUGACACUGCGCUCCGCGCUGGACAGCGAAUCAUCAGCAUGUACGCUGAGACCGCCAUCGCCCUCCUGCUGCCAGAACUGGAACAAGGACUGUUUGAUGACAACUGGAGAAUCAGGUUCAGCUCAGUGCAGCUGCUGGGAGACCUACUUUUCCAUGUGUCGGGUGUGACAGGAAAGAUGACCACAGAGACUGCCUCAGAAGAUGACAACUUUGGCACAGCUCAGUCUAAUAAGGCUAUCAUUAAUGCUCUUGGUGAGGACAGGCGAAACCGGGUGCUUGCUGGGCUCUACAUGGGCCGUUCUGAUACACAGCUGGUCGUGCGUCAGGCCUCGCUCCACGUCUGGAAGAUCGUUGUGUCCAACACACCGCGGACACUGCGGGAGGUCCUGCCGACCCUCUUUGGCUUGUUACUGGGUUUCUUGGCGAGCACGUGUGCAGACAAGAGAACGAUUGCUGCCAGGACACUGGGUGAUCUUGUGCGGAAGCUCGGAGAAAAGAUCCUGCCAGACAUCAUUCCUAUCCUGGAGGAGGGAUUGAGAUCAGAGAAGAGCGAUGAGAGGCAGGGCGUCUGCAUUGGCCUCAGUGAGAUCAUGAAAUCCACCAGCAGAGACGCAGUUCUUGUCUUCUCUGAGUCUCUGGUUCCCACCGUGCGGAAGGCCCUUUGUGAUCCUUUGGAAGAAGUCCGAGAGGCAGCGUCCAAAACAUUUGAGCAACUACACUCAACAAUCGGGUACCAGGCCCUAGAAGACAUCCUGCCAUCCUUGCUACAACAGCUUGAUGAUGAAGAAAUGUCAGAAUUUGCUCUGGAUGGACUGAAGCAAGUGAUGGCAGUAAAGAGUCGUGUUGUUCUCCCUUAUCUCGUGCCAAAGCUUACCGCUCCCCCGGUGAACACACGGGUGCUCGCAUUCCUGUCUUCUGUAGCAGGAGAUGCAUUGACACGACACCUCAGUGUGAUACUGCCUGCUCUGAUGACUGCACUGAAGGACAAGAUGGGAACCAGCGAAGGACAAGAGGAGCUGGCAAACUGUCAUACAGUCAUUCUUUCUGUGGUGGAUGAAGUUGGUCAAAGAAUAAUUCUGGAGGAUCUUCUGGAGGCCACGAAGAACCCGGAUGUUGGAAUGCGCAAAGCUGCAGCAACCAUCAUCAACACUUACUGCUCCAAGUCCAAGGCUGACUAUUUCCCCCACGUUAGGAAUCUGAUGGCUGGUUUAAUCAGACUCUUCAAUGAUGCCGAUGAAACUGUCCUCAAUGAGAGCUGGGAUGCUCUCAGUGCAGUAACCAAGAAGUUGGAUUCUGGCGGCCAGCUGUCCUUGAUUGAUGAUCUGCACAAAGAUAUCCGUGCAGCAGCUGCGGACGCAAAAGGAGAACAUCUGCCAGGGUUCUGUAUUCCUAAAAAGGGGGUUACGUCAAUCCUGCCAGUUCUGCGAGAGGGUGUUCUGACCGGGAGCCCUGAGCAGAAGGAGGAAGCUGCCAAAGCUCUCGGACUCGUUAUCAAAUUGACUUCAGCAGAAGCCCUGAAACCGUCUGUGAUCAACAUCACUGGACCUCUGAUCCGCAUCUUGGGCGAUCGGUUCAGCUGGAACGUGAAGGUGGCUCUGCUGGACACCCUCAGCUUGCUGCUCGGCAAGGUAGGGAUUGCCCUGAAGCCCUUCCUUCCUCAACUUCAAACCACGUUUACAAAAGCCUUGUCUGACGCAAACCGUGCUGUCCGCCUGAAAGCCGCAGAAGCACUGGGGAAUCUGAUUGUCAUUCACACCAAGGUGGAUCCGCUGUUUACAGAACUAUUAAACCUUAUUCGAAACGCAGAGGACUCCAGCGUAAGAGAGACAUUGCUUCAGGCACUCCGCUUUGUAACACAGGGGGCCGGGGCCAAGGUUGAUGGAACCAUCCGCAAAAACAUCACCACGAUGUUGUUAGGAAUGCUCGGACAUGAUGAGGAUGCCACUCGCAUGGCCUCAGCCGGGUGUCUCGGGGAGCUGUGUGCAUUCAUAUCAGAUGAUGAACUCAAUACAAUUCUACAACAGCAUCUUUUGGCUGAUGUAUCUGGUAUUGACUGGAUGGUGAGACAUGGACGGAGUAGCCUCUCUGUGGCAAUGAAAGCAGCUCCCGGACGGCUUUGCACACCUGAGUACAACAGCACGGUGCUGGACAUGAUCAUCGCCAGUGCUACAGCAGACAGGAUUCCUAUUGCCAUGAGUGGAAUCCGAGCCAUGGGUUUCCUGCUGAAACAUCAAAUGCAGUUAAAGGAUGAGUCAGUAUCCCCCAAACUUCUCUCUCUACUCGUAAAGAGCUUGCAGAACUCAGCCAGCGAUCUGAAACUCAUAGCAGAGAAAAUGAUCUGGUUGGUGAACAAAGACAAUUUACAGCCUCUUGAAAUUCAGACCAUCAAGCCAAUUCUGAAAGCCUUACUGGACAAUACAAAGGACAAAAACACCAGCGUGAGAGCGUACAGUGAACAGGCAAUUGUCAGCUUGCUCAGGUUACGAGAAGGUGAAGAGAUUUAUCAGAAUGUGUCCAAAAUUCUUGAUACCGCUAGUCUGGAUUUACUAGCUGAGAGCUACCGGCGAUCUCUGAAGAAACUUGCCAGCCAGCCAGAGUCAACAGAACACAUCGAUGACACCAUCCUAACAUGACGGGAAAGAAUCCCAAAGCCUCUAGCAUCAGCUUCAUGUCAAAAGUUUGUUUAAUUUUGUUUGAAAAUGCUGUUGCCAUUGGACAGGACCUCCUUGAUUGUUUCUGCAGCAUCCUGUGCUGAAAUUGGGUUUGUGUGGAGAGUGAAUCGUGGUGUUUGUGAUGUAAUGAAGAAAUGACUGCCUGUGAUCACAUUAACAGCAGUACAGGGACCUCGAUUCAAUGGGCCAGAGAGUGGCGAAGUACACAGACUUUCAAAAAAGUAAUCGUUUAAUAAAGACUUAAAUAAGUCAAAAAUCUGUGAA